AUGCUUGCAGAGAAAAUUAUACCUGAAGGAGCCCUCGUAAGCGUAUCUACGUUGUGUAUUCACCAUGACCCUGCAGUUUCUGCAGAGGCCGACGACUUUGAUGUUUCGCGAUGGAUGAAUGAUAGUGCUUCUGAGUCUUCAAAUUCAUUUUAUCCAUUUUCAUUCGGGCCUCGAGCCUGCAUUGGAAGGAAUUGA